CAAAGCAAAGCAGAGAAUAUUGUGGAGCCCAACCUGUUAGAAUGCGCGAGCAGGAGGUGACCCAUAUCGCGCUUUCGUCCAUGGGUAACUUUUGAGGAGUAAACCCACUGUCGCGGCAUGGCUUUAUCCUGAGGAGUUAUUAUGAUUUCACUUGCGAUCGUCGAAGACGUUUGAAUUGUGAGCAGCUGGUACAACUGCGGACCUUCACAUGGUACACUUUGUCCCGGGGCUCUCCAGACCGACACGGGAUUUCGCGAUGAGAAGGGCACAAGCGCUGUUUUACCCCUUUUUUUUAAUCAACUUUCGAUCCCCAUUUCGCGUGUUUUAGUGUUGAACUUUGAACUUUUGGAAGAGGCAAGUGGAACCCCGUCUCUCCCCACCUCCGGGAGCACAGUGGGACAACACCAUGAGCCUCUGCUGGCUUGUCUUGGUUGGAUUGUGCUUGGGCACCUACUACUCCACAUACCCGACGGCGGGGAGCCACUCGCUGGACUGGAGCAGCCACGCGCACACCGGCUUCAUCCAGCGGCGCCUCAGGACGCACGAGAAGAGGGAGAUGCAGAAAGAGAUCCUGUCCGUCCUGGGCCUGCUGCACAGACCCAGGCCUCAUCUGUCCCACGCUAAGUUCAACUCGGCACCGCUCUUUAUGCUGGACCUGUACCACACCAUCUCCGGUGGAUGGGGCAUAAAUCGAGCUGACGGCGUGUUGGAGCGCUACGAGCCCGUGAAGACCACUCGCAGCCCGUCACUGGCCACGGAGCAAGAGGCGGCCUUUCUCAACGACGCCGACAUGGUGAUGAGCUUCGUUAACUUGGUGGAGCACGGCAGGGAUCUCUACCCCCAACGGCAUCACCACAGAGAGUAUAAGUUCAACCUGUCGCAGAUCCCCGAAGGCGAGGCCGUCACUGCUGCUGAGUUUCGCCUGUACAAAGAGUGUGUGAGCCGAGCCUUCUGCAAUGACACCUUCCUGCUCAAAGUACAUCAAGUGGUCAAGGAGCACCCAGACAGAGAGGCUGACCUGUUCCUGUUGGAGUCUCGCAGGCUGUGGGCAAUGGAAGAGGGCUGGUUGGAGUUUGACAUCACGGCCACGAGCAACCUGUGGGUGAUGAGUCCAGUCCACAACCUGGGCCUUCAGGUUAGCGUAGAGACCAGCAAUGGGCAGAGUAUCAGUCUGAAAGACCUUGGGCUGGUCGGGCGCGAUGGUGCUCUGGAAAAGCAGCCUUUCAUGGUGGCAUUCUUCAAGGUCAGUGAAGUGCACAUCCGCAGCUCCCGCUCCACUGGGGGCAAACGUCGACAACAGAACCGCAACCGAUCUACACAUACACAGGAGCCAUCCAGAGGGCCAAGCCAAGCAGGUGGUCCUUGGCUCUUGGACAACCUGUCUGUCAAUUCUGAUCACUCCUUUGUCAGAAAUAUUGUGAGGAGCACCUUAUCGAGGCAAAUUGAUGGUGGUGGGACUGGCUUCACAGACUACAAUGGCAGUGAUCAAAAGACAGCCUGCAGAAGACAUGAGCUCUACGUCAGCUUUAGAGAGUUGGGCUGGCAGGACUGGAUCAUUGCUCCUGAAGGUUACGCCGCCAACUUUUGUGAUGGAGAGUGCUCCUUCCCCCUCAACGCCCAUAUGAAUGCCACCAACCACGCCAUCGUGCAGACUCUGGUGCACUUGAUGAAUCCUGAGAAUGUCCCAAAGCCCUGCUGCGCCCCCACCAAGCUCCACGCCAUCUCUGUGCUGUACUUUGAUGACAACUCCAACGUCAUUUUAAAGAAGUACAAGAACAUGGUGGUGCGAGCCUGCGGCUGCCAUUGACAGCCUCCCCUGGAGAGGAGGGGACUAUGGUGGUCAUUUUGGCCAUCGAUGCAGUGCCUAUGACCUGCACGGGAUGUUCAGUAUUGCACAUGGUUACAGUAAUCCAUGUGAUGUCCAAGCAUUACUCGGAAAAUCAGACAAGGAUUUUACGGGACAAUUUCACAGAAGCCUCCGGCAAAGAUGCUCCAAGUGAUUCUGACUGGACCUACUCCAGCAAUGAGUGGGCAAAACUGAACUGUGAUGAGACCAGUCAGACUGCUGUUUUCAUGCCCCUCUCAUUCCUGUUGAAUCACCCUCUAAUGGCAGGUUUUCACAAGACAUUAUGGAAAUCGUUGGGCCAGGCCCAUUUCAUCUUAUUACACAGAGUGGAAUUUAUCAGACUCAAUCUGGAUUAAUGGCCAAUGUUCUCCCAGUGACUGUAAAAUUCUCAUCAGUUCUUAUGACUUCAAGUCACAGGAAUAUAAUUUUUUUUUAAAUUACAUGUUGUCAUUGAUAUAGAUAGUAGUAUUGUAAACUAGACACACCACAGAAAAGAGUCAUGUGAACAACCUCGCCAAGUUUGAAUAAUAAUAAAAAUAAAUAAAUAAAUAAAUCAAGUAUACAAUACGAGAUCUCAUAACCAUGGAAAAAAUUCUGUGGACUCAGAUGCUUUGGACAUGUCUGCUGACUGGCUAAAAGCAAGCCCCAACUGUCAAUCAAAUAGCACACAUCUUUCUUAUACCUUCAUAUCCCUGCAUCAGCUGCAAAAACAAGUUUAAAGCCUCAAGUGCUGGAAUAUAUCUAACUGUGGUAUAUUUUUGUCAUAGGUUUUCAACAGUCAAAAAUGUACAUGAGCUUUAUUAUAUACAACAGUGAAUGUGUAAUACAUAUACCUAAUUUAAGUUCAUCUGUACCUGUGACAAAAACCAAGGCAGCAAGUCACUGAAAUGGACCCAUGGAGUCAGUGACCAGGAUGUGCACUGAUCAAUGCAAUUCAUUCAUCCUUUCUUACAGUUGCUCGCCUCUACCAUGACAAAUGUCCUGUAUAUUCGCGGUUCAUUAAAUAUAUAUUAGUGUUUUGUAUGUGAUUCAAACCUAAUACAGGUCACAGUUUUCCCAUUGCACUUGCUAUACAGUAAAUGAGCUUUCGCCAUGGUGCACUUCUAUUAACUUCAACCACGUCACCGGGUAUGCAGUGGGCAUUAUUAUGUUGCCAUUACACAGGUUAAAAACUUCUGCAAUGAUGCUGUUACACUUUUUAGAUAGUGGUGGGAAAGGUGUAUGCUGCCAAAAAAUCUGAAAGGGUGAAAAAAAAAUGUAACAAUGUCAUUACAAUUGAGCACUAUAGUUCACUCUUUGCACAUUUUCAUCAGUUACUGUAUGUCCAAACAUGCAAACUGUCUUUAGAAAGAAAUGAUUUAACCGGUCUUUCUUGAGGUCACAUGACAUAGAAUAGUCAACUUCUGUGUUAAACUAUGGCAAUGGUAAUAUGUAGUCAAAACCUGUCUUUUUUGUUUUUUCUUCACCCUGAUUUAUUUGCUUCUCAAAUUAUACUUCCACUCCCAAAAAUAAAAAAGACAGAACCUAAGUGUGCACAGCCAAUUUUAGCAGGGCCUUCCUCUAAAUAAACCCCAACAGUGUCAAUAUUUGUGUGUUCAACAUGAUGCAUGUUGCGGGUAGAGAUGUUUUGGCCCAAACAAGUUAAGAAUAAGGCCUUAUCCGCUGAACACACCUUCUUCUGUCGUUAUGUUCCUGACAGCCUGUCAAGAAACUGUGCAAAAACCUCAUUCAAGCAGUUAAGUGUGUGUGUGUGAAAAUAUUUUAUAUAACAUUUUAUAUAUAUUAUAUUUUCUGUAUCAUGUCGGCACAGUCAAGCGUUGGCCUCACAGUUCUGAGGACCGGGGUUCAAAUUCCAGCCUCCCCGUGUGAAGUUUGCAUGUUCUCCUCGUGCCUGCGUGAGUUUCCUCCCACAUCCCCAGAUCCCUAGUGACUGUGAGUGGAACCGUUGUCUGUCUCCAGUUGCCCUGCGAUUGGCUGGCAACCAGUUCAGGCUGUACCCAGCCUCUUGCCCAUUGACAGCUGGGAUAGACUCCAGCACUCCCGUGACCCUUGUGAGGUUAAGCAGCUCAGAAAAUGGAUGGAUGUGUGUGUGUAUAUUUGCAUUUUAAUAUGCAAAUCUAAUAGCAAUACUAAGAAUCUCAAUGCCUUAUGUGCCUAGCCAAUCAUCAAACACAAAAUAUACCUCUUGGAAGCUGCUGUUUACAUUUGUGAUCAUGUUCUUGAGUAAAUACUUGUAUAUUCGCUGUUUAUUUAUUGCACUUUGUUUAAAAAAAUGAAUUACACCCUAUGAGAAAUGUGGAAAACCAACCUUUUUUUUGUAUUUCUUUAUUAUGAAAUCUCAUGUUACAAGUUGCCAUUAGUGUUUUUUUUUUGUACAAAUCCAUGGGGUGAGUGCAACCCAUGACUGCAUAACAAAAAAACAAAAGUGUCACUGGAGUUUCUUAGACCAUGUGCUUUCAAUA